AUGUCCACUGUCAAGGAGAAACUUUUUCAGAACCUAAUUGAAGAGGGUAAGACCUCCCGGUGUAAGAUCACGGUCGUUGGAGUUGGUAAUGUAGGCAUGGCCUGCGCUAUCAGCAUCUUACUGAAGCACAGGCCUCUUGCAGAGGACCUGGCUUUGAUAGACAUUGAGUCCAGGCACACUGCCUGACAGGCUUGACCUAAAUAAUGUUCUUCCACUUUCCUUUCAGAUUACAAGGUAACUGCCAACUCAGAGUUAGUUAUCAUCACAGCAGGUGCAAGGCAGAAGGUGGGAGAGACUCGCCUUGACCUGGUCCAACGAAACGUGGUGAUCAUGAAGUCAAUCAUUCCCAGCAUAGUCCACAACAGCCCUGACUGUAAAAUACUUAUUGUUUCAAACCCAGUGGAUAUUUUGACAUACGUGGUUUGGAAGUUAAGUGGCCUGCCUGCAAGUCGUGUAAUUGGCAGUGGCUGUAAUCUAGACUCUGCCCGUUUCCGGUACCUAAUUGGAGAGAAGUUGGGUGUCCAUCCCACAAGCUGCCAUGGCUGGGUUCUUGGAGAACAUGGUGAUAGCAGUGUUUCAGUUGACUUUUGCACAGUGAACGUGAGAGGGAUCACACUCCAACCUGUACAUGCACCUGCAGUUUAUGGCUAUGAGGUCCUUCGGCUGAAGGGAUACAUGUCUUGGGCUAUUGGACUGUCUGUGACAGAUCUGGCAGGAUCAAUGCUGAAGAAUCUUAGAAGAGUGCACCCAGUUUCCACUCUGGUCAAGGGCUUAUAUGGAAUAAAUGAAGAAAUCUUUCUCAGUGUCCCUUGCAUUUUGGGGAACAGCGGUAUCACAGAUAUUGUGAAGGUGAACUUGACCCCUGAAGAGGAGGCCCUCCUCAAGAAAAGUGCAGACAUGCUCUGGAAUGUCCAGAGGAACCUGGAGUUAUAA